AUGACCAGCGCGACCAUCACAUCCUCAAGCGGUACAGCUACAACUGGGAGCACCUCGACGAGAACAGUGACAAGCAGUACAGCUACAAGUGGCUCCUCUGGAACCGGUACUUCCGUGAGUAGUACCAUUUCUGCGACUGGCACUUCUGGCACUGAUACAUCCGUGACGACGGCGAGCAGCUCCACCGGCACACUGACCAGCGGUACAAAUACCACUGGCAGCCUCUCCACCUCUGCGACCAUUACUUCUGUGACUGACUCCUCUGGGACUGCCACAUCUACGGCUACUACCUCUGCGACUGGUACAUCCGUGACGAGCCGUUCUGGGACCGAAACAACAGUGACUGGUACAUCGGGGACUGCCACAUCGGGCACUGUCUCUUCUGUGACUGGUACUUCGGGAACAGACACCUCUGGGACUCGGGGUGGCGGACUUCUGUAA